AUGUUAUAUGAUAUGAAGGAGCUACUGAUAACAACUGUUAACACUGAUAAUUUAUUAUGCAAUUCAAAGUUUACUGUAUUCGAUGAAAUGGGAAAUGAUAAAUGUUAUCCAUUAAUUGAUUCAUACAAUGAAGUGAAAUUUGAGGAAUACAAUUUAAAUGUUGGCAUUAAUUCCAGUUCUGCAAUGUUACAAAUACUACGAUACGGUGGCUACGAUAGUUAUUUAAUUGAUGGUUCAUUUCUUAAUUUGGAUAUUUCAUUAUCACAAUUUGUUACUGGUUUAACAACUUUUUUUGUACCAACUGAUGAAAAUAUUGUUACAAUCAUAGGUGAUUAUGAUGCAACAUCUACCACAACUAUUGGUAAAAAAAUUCCAAUUGAAAUUAUUUGGAAUUGGUCACCAAUGUCAUUUUAUCAUCAAACAUUCUACUAUACUACCUUAUCACUAGCAAGUGGUUUUUAUGUUAUCACUUCAAGCGGUUCAUAUGUUAUCACUGUGAUUGGCCAAAAAGAUAAUGCUGCAUACGGUUUUAUCACUGCCUAUAAUAUGCAAACAUCAAAAGAUUUGCCAGAAGUUAAAACAACUAUACGACCAAGAAUAACCACCGAAAUACCAACAUCGUCUAAAACUUCAAUUGAAACUACGAUGGUUGCAAUUUCGACAACAACAAACGAGAAAACAAAUGGAUCAAUGAAAAUAUUAUAUAAUAUUGAAUUGUUACUUUUAAUUAUUCUUUUCUAUCUCUUUCAUUAA